UGCUGGUAAGAAUUUACGAUUGAAUUUUUGUUUCUUUGGAAAAAAUUGAAUGUUUUUGUUGUUGCUCAACAGGCAAAUCGCAAACGAUGCAUCAUUAACAUUGGAGCUUCCCAACCACCUGCAAAUUCACCAAUUAAGAUCAAGAAACAUGUUCGAUGCCCGGGCGUGCGGAAAUUGGUGAAGAGUUUCAAGAAAAUGGAAGGCAAUGUCAUACGAUUUGUGAACGAAGCCAGAUCAUCACGAUUGUGUGCCAGAUGUUUCGAACCGUUUGCAUUGAGUACAUUGAACGAUCGUGUCAAGGUGUGUGAAUGGUGCAUGCCCGCUCAAGAUGAUUGGCCGGAUGGAAUGAAGCUACCAGAGAAAAUUGUGGUGGCAAAGAGCAAGCGGAAGUUGCGAUCAGAGCGACGACUACAACCCCGUGGUUUUGUGUCUAAGGUGAUUUGCUACCGUAAAAACUGGCAACAAAACGCGGCAAACGGUAUGGAUGACAAUGUUGAAGAGCGCAGAGGUGUAAUCAUUCACGACGCUGAACUCGGUAUCAUCGAGUACACAGAUGAAUUUGUGCCCGAAGACCCCGUUGACGACUCUCCAGUACUGAAGACAGUUUGGCAACGUGACAUUUCGGCUGCAAAAUUGAUCUUGUACAGAGGGCAUUGCGAACUCUUUGGACAUCGGCUGCAUGAUGCGUUCACACGUCAACACCUCAUGUAUCCAACUCGAUUCCGAGUCAACUUCAACAUUCAUUAAUAUCAAUAGAGCCGCAAAUUUUUCAA